UUACUCUCUUUCCAAAGUGUUUACUUUAAUAGUGGUAGUUUUUUUUUGACAAAAUGUUGUUAUUGUGGAUUUUUUUUUCUUCCCCUCUCCCGAUUAGCGAUAGAACACUGAAGAUUUGACUGAACACAUUAUUAAAACAUCAUAGACAAGUCGCAGGAUUUUCCAAAGGCAGUAAAAAAUUGUUUUUCCAGAUCAGAAACUGAUAAAUAACAGUGCACUUGCAUUAGGCCUACAGAGGCAAGGGAAGAAAUAAAGAAAGAAAUAUCAAUUAUCAAAAUAAAAUGUAGAUCGAAUUCUACUGGGAAGCAAUUUGAUUUGGCCUAACGUGUACCCGAGAUGUUUCCUUUUUCUAUACUUUUGAUGCGCGCCCACCAUCGGGCGGAAUUAGGGCGGGUCUAGGCGGAAUUAGGCAAGGAAAAUGCCUCACGCAGACGGCGCGCUACGGACAAUCGCUUAUGAUUUCGGGCGUAAGAAUGGCAUAGCUAGAUUUGCUAGAAUUUCGGCAACAAAUUGGUAUACAUUAGCGCCUGUAUAAUUCAUUUCCAGAGAAGUUACCUGAGAAAAACUGCCCAUCGGGCGGAAACCGGGCAGGGUACGGUACGUGUGUGCGAUCGAUCGAGAGCUAGAUAGCUAGCUGAUUAGAUUUAGAAGUUAGAGAAAGUAGAAAGACUCCGCAGAGCUCAGAGCAAACAAACUGAUAGAAAGUAUGAAUAUUUGCUCAUUAAUCUUCAUUCUGUCUGUUAUGUGUCAUGAUGUCACUGGAUGUGGGAUCACAACCCAUAUAGAAAUAGCCCACAGAGCAACACAAUAUUUCAGGGAUACAAGAGGAAGCAUCGAUUACAAGCAGCUGAUUUUAGACAAUCAAGAUGCCUUCCAAGCUGGCAACCCUUACCCAGAUGCCUACUAUGAUACUAUUUGCCAAGGAGGCAAGUUCCACAGUGUAUCGGAGGACACCCACUGGGCCCCUUUCCUGACCACCACUAUCCAGUAUAUCAGGGAUCACUACCCACAGCCAUGGAGUCAGGACGCCAAGAAGCUUGUGGUGUUCUUGUUGGGGUUUGCUUCUCACCAGGUAGCUGAUGUAUCCUGGCACAGCUUGGGCAUUGACCAGGGAUUCCUCACAACAAUGGGAGAUAUCAACUUUUUUGGUUCCUUCCCUGAUGCCCACAGUGUAGGUGAUGAAGGAGGAGAUGUUUUAUCCGAAGCAGAACUGGAUUUACAGUACAUUGAUACUUUAUCAAACUGGUAUGUUCCAGUCAAGGACUUGUAUGAAAUAUAUAAGAUAUAUUACAACAACACAGUCAUUUUGCAAGAGGAUGUCAUCGUAGAAUGCACAGCAAUUUUGUUCCUUGCCAGGUUAGGAGAAAAGUUGGCACUUUCCAAGCUCUACAUGGACUACUCUUCCAAGUCGCCUUUCAUGGUGGAGGAGUUUGAGUCCUACUUCCUUGGGGGUGUGGAUGACAUGGCAUCGUGGAGUCAGAGACUGUGGCAUGAUACCAUCGAUAUGCUGGAGAACGGAACUGAUGUUUGUGAUGUACCCAAUAACCCCAUCUACAUCAACUGCUCCCGGAUUACGGCAUCCACCAAGCCCCUGCCACCAGGGAGAAGGAAGACACCACUGCAAGGUCUCCGGAGCAAGAUCAACCUCCAUGGCUUGGACAAGCAGGACGUAAAGGUCACUCCGUCAACCAGAGGGGUUUAUCUGUCACCUGCCGAUUCGGUCAAGGAACAGCUGCAGACCAUCAGUGAGAGAGUCAGAGAAAAGGAAAGGAAAAUCAAAUCUCUUUCAGGAAAGGAUGAGAGACCAACAUCAACCUUCCAUGUCGGAGAUCCUUACGCAAGGCUUGGACAGAGCAUGACAAAAUCAGAGCAUUACGGAACCAAAACCGAGGACCUGAUCUUAGGAGCGCCUGGAUAUGGCAAGGAAGGCCAGGCCCAGACCGGACGGGUGUACGUCAUCUAUGGAACUAACCAGGUCUUACAGAAUGGGUCACAUGACUUGGAUAAGGAGGCUGAUGUCAUUCUUCAAGGUUUCAACGAAGGAGAUAAAUUUGGUACCGAUGUAGCAGCCCUGGACAUCAAUCUGGAUGGUAUCAUGGACAUUGCUGUCAGUGCGCCGUCAGUGGGAUCCAGGAACUUAACAUACCAUGGAGAAGUGUACAUAUUCUAUGGAAGUAAGACGGGCGGGUCAUCUCCGUCUCCAGACAUCACGAUCACAUGCACGCUGAAAUAUUGCAACUUUGGCUGGUCAUUAUCUACUGGAGACUUCAACUAUGAUGGUCAUCCUGACCUCUUGAUAGGGUCACCAUACGCUCCAGCCAGUGGUCUUCCUCAAGCCGGUAUGGUGUCUAUCCUCUAUGCAGGGCUAAACUACCAAAAUUAUAUCGGCGUACAUCUCACUGAGAAGGAUAUGAAUUACACAUACAAAGGAGAUCAGGAAUAUGGAUGGUUUGGCCAUAAAAUGUUGAUGCACAUAACACCACGUCAUAAGCCCUUAUUUCUUGUUUCCCAGCCAACAUAUCGCCUAUGCGUCAAUCCGAACUGCUCUUACACGGUCCAUGACAUUCAGAGUGUUGGCGCCCUCUCCAUCUUCUCUGCUGGGACCUCCCCCGUUCUCCUGGCUGUGCUCAAGGGGCAAGAUACCUUCCAGAAGCUGGGAGCGGGAUUCGCUGUCGGGGACCCCUUUGGGAACGGCAGUCUGGUCCUGGCCGUUGGAUCAAACACAAAAGAUGUUGAUGGGGAGAUUCUCGAUGUGCCAGUCAAGCUGACCGAUGCUGGACAGGUCACUUUAUACAACUUGGACAUCAGCUCUCCCUCCACCCUUCUGCAUGAUCCAUCCGGUUCCAGUACUGCUAGCAGACUGAUAAGGCUUCAUCUUGAUCAUUGGGAGGGUGUUUCCCUGGACCCUAUAGCGCUGUAUGAGGGCGACAGACAGUAUGGGAGAUAUGGAGGAGAGCUCAUGUUCCAGGAUGUUACAGGAGAUGGAAUAGAUGAUUUGGUUGUCAGUGCUCCAUUAAGAACUCAAGACAUCAGCGAAGAAUUAUUCAAAGUUGAAGAGGGAAGCAUCUUUGUCUACAAGGGUGGUCCAUCAUUUGGAACAGGCAAUGUGACUAGGUCAUGUGACUUCCUCUCACUCGUCAAACCAUGCCCGACAGAAAAGGCAUACAGCGUAUUAUCAAGCAAUGAAGGUGGAUCACGAUUCGGUUCCAAAUUGACAACAUGGAGAUUUAGUGAGAAACCUCAUCUGGUCGUCAGUGCACCUCGAAGUAACGGCGCAGAGAGGCUUGCAGGGGAAGUCUACAUUUACACUCUCUAGGUGAAACGUUCAGCUCAGCAGGGCAGUGGUUGGGUCUGGAGCGCUUCAAGUAGGGUUGUUUGAACAGUGGCAAUAUCUGAUUGAAUGAAAAGAUUGAGCAAUGGAUGCUAGAGUGAUUGAUUGCUGAAUGGGUGAAUGAAUACUGUAAACGCUGUUAUUUUUGCAUGAUUAAUUUUUCGCGCUGAGCGACCCGAAACAUAUUCGCAGGUUCUUAAAUUUGUGUUGCACUCAAUUCAGCCCGUUCAGAACAUGCUUAAAAAGUCAUGCUUAUAUUUUCAUGAGUUCUAAACUUUGCGUUUGCCGAUAUUAGUGCGAAAUCUGCAAAAAUGAAUGUACCGCAAGUAUUUCUACUUUUACAGUAGAUGGAUGAAUGAAUGAGUGAAUGAGUGAGUGAGUGAGUGAGUAAUGAAUGGUGGAUUGCAAUAUAAUAUAAUAAUCAUGUCAAUUUAUUUUAUUCAAUGUAAAGCACUAUAGAAACUCUUUUAACAUACUAUGCAAGAACAUAUAUUUAUUCUAAGCAAUUCAAGAUUAAAACAUAAGGAUUACACAAUAGAUGGAUGAAGGAAUUAAUGAACUAAGAAUGGGGAAUGGAUGGUUUUAAAAUACAAUAAUCAUGUGCCUUUAUUUUAUGUCAUGGAAUACCGCUUCAAAAACUUGUUAACGUGCCAUGCAGAUAAAAAACUCACUAACAUGCUAUGAAGUGACAUGUGUGGUUUUAUCAUGUUCUUAAAAAUUACACAUUAUUCAGAUCACAACUUAUAGUACACGUAUAAUAACCAUACUCUUCAGUCACAGUUCAUUUACAUACCAUACAUGUAUAAAGAAAAGAUAUUAAAAGUUCAAGCACAAGAAUAUAAAAAAAAUCACUUUAGAAAUAAGUCAUGAGAUUCAUUGGUAUAUUUUAACAAGUCCUUGGUAUCUCAAAAUAGGCAUAAAAUGGCACAUAUCAGAUAGGAAGGGUUUUUAGACAUUACCCCCUAAUUUAUGAGAAGAAGGCCAAACAUGCUGAUAUUGUACUUUACAUCUUGGCUUGUGUAAGAAGUCCACAAUGUCAUAUUAGAUGGAUUUUUAGCGCAACUACCUGAUUUACAAGUCCUCAGGAUUACUCUUGCUUGCAGCUUCAGGUUGUGAGAGAUCUGAGAUGAAGUAACCUCGGGCAUAAUGUACAGACACUCUAUAUUCUCAGUCGAACUCGAGUUGUAACCAGACAAUGAAUUUCUGAGCUUUAAUAAACUUCCAUAAAAUAAUGACACUGUCCUCAUUCUUAUCAAUUCACUAUUAAAGCUAAUAUUGUUUACAAUAUUCAGUUAUACUCUAUAACCAAUACUCUACAUACCAAGGACUGUAAAUGACAGCCUUCUUCAUUCAGCUUGUUCUCGGGAGUGCCUAUAGUCUGCCUAUAGUCUCUAUCGAGAAUGUAUGUCAGUGCAGUGACUUGAACAAAACAAGAACUACUUUCCCAUAUCUUUCCGUAAUAUCGCUCAUUGAUUUAAAAGCGUACAAUACACCACAGUACACCUGAUCUUAAUUCACACAUUCAAAAUAAGUGUUUUUGUACGAAUGAUCACAGUACUUUUGCAAUUUCAUUCAAAAAUCACAUACAAUAUAUAUACAUUGAGAAGUGUACUGAAUAAUUAGCAGAUAAAGCCGAUGGCUUGAGGGAAGUGGGUGGACCCACAACAUAAAUAACAAAUGUGGAAAAUACAAAACAUUAACAUUCACAAUAUAACAAAA